GCUGGAAAAAUGUGUGGAAGCUAAAGAAGAACUGGAAGCAGAUCUUUAUAACCGGUUUAUUUUGGUGCUGAAUGAAAAGAAGGCAAAGAUAAGAAAGUUACAGUUGUUGUUGAACGAAGCUAAAGAAUCUGCAGCAGAUGCCAAAUGUACAAGGGAUAGUGUAGCUACCACUGAGGUGGCUACAGCGAGAGAAAAUGACUAUGAUGGCAGCACUGAUGAGGAAAGUGAAAAUUUAGCACAGGUCUCGUUACCAUCAGCACCAAAACAAAGAGACUCCUUUCUGGGUAGCCCAGAUGUCAUUGAUACUGCUCCAAGAAGAAAGCGAAGACAAAGGACAGCAAAGGGUGCUGGGACAGGAGCUAAAAUGGCUACUUAUGAGACAGAACUGCCAGCCAAGGAAAAGUAA